ACCCCCUUCCCACUCCUUGCCUGGGAUGCGGUUCCAAAACAUGACCGACUGUUGUUCUGUUGUUCCUCGACCUUCGACCCUCGACCCUGACCACGACGAGCCCACAAGCACAUCCCCUGUCACCACAAGCGAUCGGAACCAAAUCUGCCUUGCAUAACGGGCCCUCAAGCCCCGUUGAAGCCUGGGAGAGCCCGCGCUGAUCUGCCCUCCCACAUCCUUCCCGAGGCUAGUGACAACAGGCCUUACCCCUUUGCUCACCCGGGAGAUGCGCACACCAAACCGACCUGUUCCCCACAAGACAGCCAAUCGCAACCCAAACUGUCCCCUUGCAACGAGAAUCUGCAGCCACUCCCGUCACCUGCAGGCAUGGCAGGCAUGGCGGGCAUGGCCUCUCCCGUCCCUGUGCCCGGGCUAACGACCUCACUGCCUCAACUGCAUCGUCGGAUCAUUGCUUCACCUGAUCUCUGAGAAUCCAGAGCACCUCGAGUCCGAACUCUUUGCAUGGCAACUUGGCGCCCAGCGAACCAAGCCUGUCAAGCAUCGCCAAGCUGCAGGCCAAGCUGUACCAAGACUGUUGGCAUCUGAAAUCUCUAUAAGAUUCAGAGCUCAUGGCCCUCCUACCGCUCCAGUUCUCUCCUCUCAUCAUCAGCAGCUUCAUCUAAUCAGUCUCCCUCUCAUCACCAGCCCUUCUUUGCACCAGAGCCCGGAGCUCCAAGUUUUUAUUUACAAGUCUUUUUUAUAUAUCCACUUCAGCCAGCUCCUCUUUCGCCUCGUAAACACUUGUCUCUCCGGUCUAAACACCAAACCAGAAAUCAGCCAAAAUGCAGUACUCAAGCGUCAUCCUCGUCGCGGCCUUCGCUGCCACUGAUGUCUUCGCCCACGGUGUCGUCGCAACCGUCAACGGUGCCAACGGCGUGACCCUGCCCGGUCUCUCGGUCGCUGAUGGCACUCCCCGUGACUGCGCCUCUCCCCGAUGUGGCUCUGAGGCCGACACCUCCAUCAUCCGCAAGAAUGAGCUCGGCACCUCCAAGGCCUCCGCUCUGGGCCGCACUGUCGGAAGUGGCCCCGUCGAUGCCGCCCAGAUGAUGGCUCUCUUCAUGGACGGCGCCGGUGGCAACACCUCCGCCGUCAAGGCCGCCCGUGAGCUGCACGAGGCCGCCCUCGCCCGCCGCGCCAACCUGCCCCGUGCUGCCAACGGUGGCACCAAGACCCCCAAGGGCACCAUGGAGACCGCCGUCAAGGCCGCCACUGGUAUGGCCGCCGCCCAGGGUCUGCCCACCACCCAGGACGAUGGUACCCUGCAGAUGACCUUCCACCAGGUCAACCAGGACGGUGCCGGCCCCCUGACCGGCGCCAUCGACGCCACCUCUGGCGGCACUGACCCCGCUGCCUUCAAGGAGGCCCAGAUGACCCAGGACGUUCCCGGCAUCGGCAUCGGUGGUCUGUCCGGCGCUGCCACCAUGGACUUCCCCAUCGCCAUCCAGAUGCCCGCUGGCAUGACCUGCUCCGGCUCCGUCGGCGGUGCCAACAACGUCUGCAUUGCCCGCAUGCAGAACUCGGCCCUCGCCGGCCCCUUCGGUGGCUCCGUCGCCUUCACCCAGAGCCCCGCUGCCAAGAAGAGGGCCAUCGAGUACAACCUCGCCAAGCGCAGGUUCGCCCGUGCCCUCAAGACCGAGGAGUAAAUAGGUCAUGGAUUCUACUCCAGACCCAAAAAGCGAGCCACACAAACGAUACCCUGGUCAACUUGGAUGAGGGGGUUGGUUGAGCACUAGGACGUGGCUGAUCUGGGAUCAGUCGUCCUCUCUGGUUUCUAUUCCGUUUUGCAUUACUUUAUAUACCACAUUCUUUAGGCGUCGGCAGGAGGAGGCUGAGAACGAUAAUGGGGAGCUGUACAUAGAUAUAAAGCUGUAAAUUGAUGACAUUCCUUAAAA